GGACUCCGUCGCGGGUGAUUCGCCAUGGUGUGCGAGAAGUGUGAGAAGAAACUUGGUACUGUAAUUACACCAGAUACAUGGAAAGAUGGUGCGCGAAACACUACAGAAAGUGGUGGGCGAAAACUAAAUGAAAAUAAGGCAUUGACAUCAAAGAAGGCAAGAUUUGAUCCUUAUGGCAAAAACAAAUUUGCAAUAUGCCGAAUUUGUAAAAGUUCAGUUCACCAGCCAGGCUCUCACUACUGCCAAGGAUGUGCUUACAAAAAGGGCAUCUGCUCAAUGUGUGGAAAGAAAGUCCUGGAUACAAAAAACUACAAGCAAACAUCUGUAUAGUUGUAUACUGUGAGCUCUUCUCAUUCACCCCCUUUGAGAUUAAGCACAGUUAACAAACAUUAUCAACU